AUGUCUUCUGUGGCGGCGAUGGAACAAGCGACUUUAGGUCAAUAUUUUAGCACAAGAAAGAAAGGUCUGGAAGAUUUCCAUCCUGCAAAGCGAAGGAAAGUUGAAGCGACAGGCAUUGAAAGCGAGGUUUCUAUCAGAAGGAGUACGCGAGCGAAGCGGCAAGUGGCGUCCUCUCAAACAAAGAGCAACGCUCGAGCUCGCAGAGGAGCUAAAAGCAGAGCGAAAGAAUCUUUGAAUGAAAGAAAUUGCAAAUCUUCUGAAACACUAGAUAACAACGUUGUUAGCGAAACAACGUCAUUGUGUGAUGAUCAUGCUUUCGCCGAAGCUUUGAUCGGAAAGUUAUCGGAUGCGCAGCGAAAGCGCAAGAUGGCGUCCAAAGGAAUAGUUGAAACUGACGAUUCCACCGCGAGCGUCUCCAGGGACAGAAAACAGGCGCAAGAAAAUAGUGAAGACGUCGAGCCCAAGCAAAGGAAUCGGAAGCGAACGCAGAGAUCUUCAAAGAAACCACCAAAAGACACAAAAAGUAUGGAGGAAAAGUUAGUUUCUUCCCAGUCAAAGACGGAUUGCUCAGACGAGCAGACGUUGCGCGAGUCCGAUAUCCCAGCCAACAGGGAAGCAGAAAUUCAGUCGUCACCUUGCAAGACUCCACCUAUUGUGAGAAGGAUCGAUGGAGGCGUAAAAAGUAAUCCAUGGAUCGCAGAGCAGGCAAGAAUGGUUCUAAGCCGAGGUAGAGCAGCAGUGAGUAUGAGUCAACAAGGAAAGAGAAAGAUCAAGGAUUGUGUUCAGAUCACUUCCACCAAUGAAAGCAAUUCAGGUUAAUAUUCUCAUCAGAUGUAGUAUGUCUUAGUUAUAAAGGAUUCAGAAAACUGUUCUCAGCAGUCUUGGAGACGCACGCAUAAUUAGUAGCAAAAAAAGAGAAUGGUUUUGCAAAUCCUUUUUUCAAAUUCCCAAUAAAAUGGCAAUCCAGCUCCUCGUUUAGGACUGGUUUUUUAUAGCCAAAAUCUGGCUUCACAGGCCAAUCCGUUUUUUGCAUUUUACUGCAAUUUCAAAAUGUGGAUUUCACAUACUAAAUCCAGUUUUUCCAAUCAAAUGUACUCUUAAGACAAGCAUCCACAUCCCGCUCGGAGCAAGAGAAAUUUGAGAGCUGCUUAUCCUGAAGGAUUUUAUUUAUUUAUUUACUUUAUUUUUUUCCAAGCCAAAAAGGCUGGCUGUUUCUCUAGUUAGUUAGCAAGAACAGUACAGUGUGGAAAAGAAGCUUCAAAUUUUUUAGUCUGUUGGCAAAGUGAUGGAGCAUUUUUGUUAAUAUUCUAACUGGUCAGAGAAUUUUCAAUAUGACAUUUUUUUUGAGACCUUAAAAGGUACUCAAAGUUGGCUGCUAGCACACAUCAGAUUUCACAUACAUGAACAGUGUACUAGUUCUUUCAUACUUUAAGAGACUGAAUAACAUACCAUUCCAUUUUCUUGCAGUGAGAAGCUCUAAAACUGGAGGAAAUGCCACCAAAGCUGAAGAAGAUCUCGCGAAGGCAAGGAAACUGAUCAAAAGCAUGAGAUCACUAGAAAAAAGUGCAUCCAAAAGUUCACAAUCUACUACUGAGGAUAAUAAACAGAGGCUUCACCAAGUCGCACAGGAGGUUCCAGCCUAUGAAAGAUUCCAUGCCCUGGCUCAGCCCAGUCCAACAGCGGUAUCACCUGCAACUUUACCCCUCCCCUACAAGUACAAGAGUUUGGCAGAAAUGUUCCGCUGCACUGAUACAGUGCUGAACCUGCUGGGACAACGGAAAGAGAAGUGUACGUUCUCAAAGCUCAGAGAUGCUGUACAGCAGAUGUCCAGAAAGUAAGAUUGUGAACAUUCAUUUUUGAUCUGUGGGGGUUGCCUUUGUUGAACAAUACAAUCUACAUCUUAAAUCAAAGGUCUUCUUAAGGGAUAAGCUUGUUGCCAAUGCAAUGAUUAAGAUAGGGUUGUCAGUAAGGGCCAGGGUUUUUCCCUGGCUCAGUGUUCUCCCUAACUUUUAGCUCAGCAGGUAAAGGACCAUUCAUGGCCGGAAAGGCAAAAAAUAUGCACCAGAGGCACAAUUUUCCGGGGGCGGGGGCGGGGGGGGAGUGUAGUGAGGGACAUGGCCCCGCUGUAGCUGAAAAAUUUAGGAGCUAAGUUCUCGGAACGUCAUUCCCUCAUUUUAAGACCUAUUUUACACAAAUUGGCCAUUGUCGUCCUUAGAUAACAAUUUAAAACGUUUAAUUCCAAUAAUUUUACUCUGUCUUCAAUGUUCUCUUUCCAAAAUGCUUGGCCAGGUAAAAGAAAAGCUGUGUAUACUCUAGUACUUUUCAUAUAUUCAUUCAUUUCCUUGUGGGAAUUGGCUGAUCGGAUCACCACUUGCAUAUUUUUUAAAACUACUGUUGUGUCUUGAUUGCAUAUUGAAAACAAUUUGAAUGGAUUAUUAAGUCUGCACAAGGAACACUCCGGAUCUAACCUGCCAUGCUUUUAAUAAUCAGUCCCAUGAUCCUUUGUACACUCCGAUAUCAUGUAAGCUAUACUGAAAGUACACUACAUCCUUUCCUUUUUCGGAACACCAUAUACCAGGGAAACAUAAAACGGCCUUAGAAAAUACUAGGAGAAACCGAAACAAACUGCAUAGCUGCACAACUAGUGUAAACUUGACUUCACUGGGAUGAAGUUGUGCAGUUCAAUAAUAACACUAGUGAAUUAACUUAACACUGUCUUAGCAAGAUACUAAUAGGUCUAAUAAGUCAACUCAUAUCAAAGUCUUGAACUUCUCUGGUAACUUCUUAAGACAAACGGGUCAGGUAGCUAUAGCAGUUCUAGCUUUUCCACAAUCCGUCUCAAGGUCUGUCGGGGCUGGUCUCUUUGAGACAGCAUUCCGUUCCUUUCCGCCAUCUGCCUCAAGAUCCGUCGGUAGAGUAGGACUCUCUACGUGAACAUCCUCUUCAACAGGCAGAGAAACAGUCUGACUUGGCAUGAGUGGCAGUUCCUCAUACUUUUUGACGUGCGCAGUGUUCCUUUUUAACUGGACACCCCCAGGAGACUUGAUAAUAAUGCUGCUGCCAUUCCUGCUAACAACGUCAUAUGGUUCUGGUGCAAAAUAAUGGUGUUGAAAACUUGUUUGCUUCUCUUGUUUUUGUAACACUCUGUCACCUAGAACCAGACCUGAAUACUCUGCAUGCCCCUUCUUGUCUGCAUAUAAUUUAGCUUUUGUUUUCAUUUCUCUGUCUCUGACUUGGACUUCACUCGCUACACAGUGUUUGCCGAAUUCAGGUAACUUGGUCUGGAUUUUUCUUCCAAACAAAAGUUCAGCUGGCUUCACUCAAGUGGUGGUGUGAGGAGUCGAUCUAUAUGCUAUCAAGUUUUUUUGAACUUCUUCCUUUCACUGUUCGCCCUCGGCUUGCGCGAUCUGCAUCCUUUUCAAAAGAGAUCAGUUCUGCCUUCCCACCUCGCUAUUUGCUUUGGGCCAUAAAGGCGUGGUCUUCCUGUGCUCAUUACCACAUCCUUCCAAAUAUCUUUCGAACUCACUUGAAAUAAACUGCAGCCCAUUGUCUUUGGUUACUGAUAGUGGUAAACCAUGAAUCAUGAAGAUUCUCUCCAGACUCUCAAUGAUCUUCUCAGAUGUUGUGGAAAACAGGAUCUCAAUUUCAUAAUAUCUGCUGAAGUAGUCAACCACGACUAACCAGUGCUCGACUUUCAGAAAAAAAUCGUGGGGCCAGCUGGCCCCCAACUUUUCAUUUUUUGUCGCCAGAACAAGUAUUCUGGUGGCCAAAAAUUAUAUUUUAGAAUUAAUGGAUUUAGUUUUCUGAAGGAUAACGGAUUAUCAUUAGUGUACGUUUUCCCAAAGAAGAGAGUCACCUCUUGAUGGACCAGGCAUGAAAGGACCCAAUAAAUCCAGGGCCAAGUCUUCUCAUGGACCUUGUGGACCAAUAAAUCCAGGGCCAAGUCUUCUCAUGGACCUUGUGGUAAGGGAAUUGACUUGAUUGGCUUGGGGUGGGCAGGACUGCUUACUGCUUACUAGCUGGCAUCCAAAACACUUAUCAAAAUAUCCAAGGGUUUACAGUGCACUUGAUAAUCUGGUCUUCAGCUCAUUGAAUGCUCUUCUCUGCUCAUCUCCAAACCUGAAACGAACGCCUUUCUUUGUUAAUUUACACAAAGUUUCACCUAUGGUGGCAAAGUCCGGGAUAAACCGUGCCUUGUAGUUAGCUAGAUCCGAGGAAGCUUCUAACUUUGGAGGCAUUCUGUGGCUCUCUUGCCCUAACAACACCUUUCACUUUCUCUUCAGUUGGUCCAAUGCCCUUGUUUAUUAGUAUCAGUCCCAUAAACACUAGCUUGGUCGUGUGAAACUUGCACUUUUCUGCAUUUACUGUCAGGUUUUACUCUUUCAAUUUCUCCAAAACUUGCUUUAACCUCUCAUCAUGCUCCUCAGUGGUUUUUCCAUGCACAAUUAUGUCAUCAGAGAUGUUUCCAACUCCCUCACAGUCACUAAGCGCUUGCUGAAUAACAUGCUGAUACACUUCUGGGGCUGAACUUAUUCCAAACAUCAGGCGCUUAUGCUGAAACAAUCCAUGAUAAGGGAUCAAGGUAGUAAUGCUACAGGAAUCUCGAUGGAGUUCUUUCUGAUGGUAACCCAUUUUAAUCAAGCUUGCUAAACACUGUGCUUUGGUUGAGGCUUUGGAGUACUUCAUCCACAGUAGGUAUGGGGUAGCGUUCUCUGAUUAUCACUUCAUUGGCCCUACGCAUAUCCACACAAAGCUGAAUCUUAUCAUUCUGUUGUGGUACCACCACUACUGGACUAACCCAUGGUGUCAGGCCCUUUACUGGCUCAAUAAUAUCCAUGCUUACAAGUUCCUCGACCUUUUUCUUCACCUUGUCACGGAGGCUGAACAGAGUGCGCCUGUCUGGCUGAGCCACCGGGGGUACAUUGGGACUGACAUGUAACUUGACCUGAUAGUCUUUUAACUUGCCCGCACCAUCAAACACUUCUUUGUAAUCUGACAUGAUCACUUCUUUGGACUGUAGUGUAUAGACUGGAACACCGAACUUCAACAGUUUCUCUUCCAAGCAGUGCUUCUCCUUCACCAUCAAUGACAACAAAUUCAGCUUGAACCUCAUUCUCAGCUACUUUUGUUGAUACUGAAAAUGUCCCCAAAACUUUUAGCGGCUCCUUGCUUCCGUACGCAUAAAGCCUCUUGUCACACUUCUUGGAUACACAGGCAAUCUUCUGCUGCUUUAGUUCACUCCAUAGGCCUUUGUCUACAACAUUAGUGCUUGCCCCCGAAUCAAUCACCAUUUUCAGAACACACACCCACAAUCACCUCUACUUUUUCAGGUUGUGACAUCGAUUUUACAGUGAACACAUACUCAUCUUCCUCGUCAUUGUCUAAUCCCUGCAUGUAUCUUGCCUUCCCCUUCUCUUUUAGCUCCUUAUCGGUUUUUGGUUUGCCUGUCUUGGUUCUGCAUUUCGCAGCAAAAUGAUCAGCACCACCACAUGUUUUGCAGGUCUUUCCUUUUGCAGGACAUUCAGGAUCUCUACCAAAAUGUCCCGUGUGGCCACAUCUAUAACGUAUGUUUUGUUUUCUCCCGACUUCUUCUUCCCUUUAUGGUGAUGCUUGCUUUCACAUGAGUCCCAAAUCUGAUUCACAUUAGCGGUUUUACCCAUCAUACAUGUACUCUCCAACUGAGCUUGCACGGCUUCAUAAGAUGCUGCUGUUUUAAGAAGAACAUGUAGGGUUAAAGUGUCACCUUUCUUUUACAAUUUCCACCUUAACUCAUGGGGCGUACUCCGCUGAACAACUUGAUCUUGAGUUUGAUUAUCCCCCUGAUCACCAUAAUCGCAAUCUUUCACGACCUGUUGUAACCUUGUGACAAACUGAGCCACCAUUUAACCUUCACGUUGUUCCAUACUCCGGAAGACAUGAUUUUGGUAUGUCGAAUUUAACCUUUGGAAUGAAAUACACAUUUAAAGCAUUAAUUUUACAGCUUUCUCAUACUCGGCCGCUGUGCCCAUGUCAGCCAAAAUCUUGAAGAUUUCUUGUACUUGUUCCCCAGCACAGUGCAGAGGUAGAGCUCUUCGUUGUACUUUAUUGUCAGCUUUAUGUGCUUGAAUGAUGAGGCCUUUGCUGUCAGCACAUAAUGAAAAACUUUAAACCCAUCGUUGCCAUGGCCUGCCAAUGCUCAAUGGGUCACUGUUUGGGUCGAACAGUUUUACACUCGUCAGUAGAUCAUCUGCCUUGGUUGAGGCCAUACUUCAGUUAACUGGACGUAAAAGAACAUCCUCGUCACCAGAUGUUGUCUUAAUCACAUAUUGAAACCGAUUCGAGUGGAUUAUUAAGUCUACACAAGGAACACUCCAGAUCUAACCUGCCAUGCUUUUAAUGAUCAAUCCCAUGAACCUUUGUACACAGAUAUAUCAUGUAAGCUUUACUGAAAGUACACUACAACUACUAAUUUAAUUUUAGUAAACCUUCAAGCGGUUGCAGGCAGUAAGAAGUGUUGCUUCAGGUGGUAAUUAAUUUUACCACUUGCGUCCUGAUAAGGAGAACAUUGACUGGCUACUAUGAUCAUCACCCCAGCUAUUUUCAUCGCAAACAAAAUGAAAAUAAGAUCAAAAGAACUGCAUAUGUCUGGGAAUGUGAAAUCUUAAUUACAACCCUGAAUAAAGACACUCGCGAAAGGGAAGCAAAUAGUUCGUGCCAAAAUGACGUCACCUGUUUCUAUUUUUUGCAGGGGAAACAAGUUGAACUCCUGGUCUCUCGCUCACUUUUGCCACAGAAAACGAAAAGUCUACAGCUUGCACUUUGUGCUCGUGAAAAAAUUUGAGUUCGACUUGUAGGCAAGGCUAAGUGUGGUCCCGAAGAGGACUGUUGUUGACAGUGACUGACAUCUCUUCUUAGAUUUGUUUAGCAUCAUAUUUUUGGAAAGGCCUUUUUUCUGUCUAGAAAAUUAGUCAAACUUUUUUAUUUCUGAAUUAAAUAAUUAUAGGAGGUUUGAGAAGAAACAUUUGGCACAGAUGAAAACUGUAUAUCCAUCAGCCCUAGAAUUCCGUCAAGACAAGUGUCCUGGGAAAUCUUCUUCAUUUGAGUUGACCAUUGAGUUUGGAAAAACAGAGGAGGCAGAUAAGAAACUAACGUUGACUGCAACUGAAUUGCUAGCAAGGAAAGAUGCUUUUGAGAAACGUCUACUGAAAUUAACCAAAAAGCACCACCAGGUACUACUCCACAAUUAUAUAUGUUCUGUUGACUCAUUAGUGUUGUAAACUUGAAAUACUUUUGAAUUUUGGCAAAAAAACCUUUUGAAGCUAGUUGACCAUCUUCUGACCACUCCUUUCUGGCUAUAAAGUGCCAAAACGUCCUAAAAUGUAGCUUUAAGGUCAAGCACUAAAUUGUGGCCUUCUGUUCCAGAUGCAAAAUAUCAGCUUCUGAAGUUAAGGCAUGUACAGAAAGCAAAAUUUCCAGCCAGUUUUUGGGCUUAAAAGUGACACAACACUAAUGGAUUUUUGCCUUUCUCUUUGUCUUCUCCCUUUUUUUUUUUGUUUUGCUUUGCUGGGCAUUUACUGGGCUUCAUUUUGGUGAAAAAAGUUUGAGAGAAAGCCUUUAGCAUUGUCAGAUUAGAUGGAAAAAAGUGCUGUUUAGUAGAGGAACUAGAUGUCAGAUUUUUCCUUGAGUGUUAAAACUUAAAUUCUUUUGCUUAUUCCAGGAUUUUCUCCAGAAUGUUAACCCAGCUGUAGUGGUUGAUGAUGAGAAGAUCAUGCGAUGGCACCCCAAAUUUCGACUAGAUGAAGUUCCGGAUGUUGAUGAAACUGCUCUUCCUCAGCCGCCAGUGGUCAAGACAUACAGUAGUGCUCAUGACGUGUUGGAGAAAGCACGAGUCAUGAUGGCGCCAAGGGUAUACACCUAUUUGAGAUAUUAAUACAAUAAUUUAAGUGUUAUGCUUGAUGUAGCUGUUGGCUUCCCUGGUUUUGUUUUCCUGCCCUUCAAAGUCACAUGACCUGGUCUUUAGCUCUUUUUCAAUGUUAUAAACAAUUUUUUUUUGGGGGCAUUUCAGAUCAGUGUUAAUUGACUUCAAAUCUUUAAAAUUGCAGUAAAAGUAGAUGUCUCCAUUGUUGGGGUCGUUUUAUUAUUCAGAUCAGUACUCACCAAAAAGCUAUAUUGGCACAAAUCAAAUCUUUAACCAUCUAUUGUCAUAAAAAUAGAUGUCUGUGUACAGAGUGAAUAAUUUGUCGCCACACUUGAAAUAAUAUGUUCAGUGAAAAUAACCCAUUACAUGUUGAUUAAGUUUUAUAUGUAAAAAGUGAAAAACAUUUCAGAAAAAAUAGUUUCGUUUGUUUUUCGAUAAAGAACAAGUCGGCGAAACAACAGCAGAAACGGAAAAACAGAACAAGACAUAAGCUUUUGUUUAUUUUUUUAACUUUGCCUUUAUUAUAAUCAUGAAACUGGCCAUUUUUUUUCGCUCAUUUUCAAUUGUGCAUUGAGAACAAACAGUUAAGAUUACUUAUAGUUCUUGGAUUGGAUUAGAAUCCUUACAGGACAUCUUGUCAUUUUACGGUAAGUGUGUAGUGGCAAAUUUUAGCAUUUUUUAUUUAAAAUAAAAAUACAAAAUGAUGGAUGUCUCAGCAUGUUUUAUUGUGGAAACAUCGCGGUAUUUAAGACUGUUGUUUUUUGUAUCAGAAAUCUUUCUCGUUCGCUGCGCUCACUCUUUCGAUAUCUGAUACGUCAACAACUUGUGCGUAAAUACCAUAUGCCAGCACUUUCCAUGAAGUAUUCUCUAUAUACUACACUUGAAAUAAUAUGUUCAGUGAAUAUAACCCGUUACAUGUAGAUCAAUGUGCAAGGUAAAAUAUUUUCAAGAGCAGUAAAAAGAUUAUUUAUUUAAUAUUAUAAUCAUGGAACGUUUUUCCCCAACUGAGGUGGUGUGUAGAAUCCCAGGACAUCUUGUCAGUUACAGUGUGCUUAUUAUACCAGGAUGUAUUUUUAUUGUACAUCGUCAUCUUGUACAGAUUGUAAGACAGAGUUGUCGUGAGCAUAAUAAUUAAAAAAUCAGCCCAGUCAAAAUGAGCCGGCAGCUGGCAAUUUUGCUGCUUCCAGUGGAAUAUUGUGGCCUUCUCAACACUUGGGUUUAAUGUUAUUACACCUGUAAACGAAAAUCACACAAGUUUGGACCUUUGUUGCAGCUGCUCCGUACUUUAUCCUGCUUACCUCUGCAAAUAUUUUUUCAGGGCUGGUAAAAAUAUGUUGCUUAAAAUGAUGCUUUCCUUAGUUUUCUUGGUCAAUGUUUAUUUUGUUUAGGUUGAGAAAGCAUUACGAACAGUUGCCAAGGAACAAGACGAGAAAGAGCAGAAAAAUACCAACAAGCACAGUAACCUGCCUGAGGACAAAGAUGCAAAAACCAAGGAGAAUACACAGAACAAAAACAACUUCAAAAAUAAUGCAGCCUUGAAAGGGAUCUCACAAGAUUUGCUCAAUAAGGUAAGUGCAAAGCCCACAACACAUCAUCAGAAGCUCAUUGCAGACUGCAUAGAUGUGUCAAUUUGAACUCAAACUGUUGUCAUCUUUACUGUUUCAGUAAUGGUCUUGACCCUUGAAAGCAGCUCUCCCCUGUCAUUUUAAUAAUAGAUAGAUUUAGCCAAGACUUAAAGCAAAGCUCUUGUUAAUAAAUUUAUAAUUUACUUCAAACAAUAAACUUAUAGCCAUUACAAAAAAAUUCCACUUGGAGUUGAGCCAGCAAUCAGUUAAAAACUGACAAAAAUUAUUUGUCAGUGGAUAACUUCAAAAAAACAUGUCAUCUUGAUGGGUUGACACCUUAGCCUGCAAUAUGGUCAUGUGAGACUGGUCAGCCAAUACCAUGUUUUGACAGCUGUCAUAACGUGGAUGUGCACUAUCAGGGUACAGGCUCCCACACUGGCUUGAAAGUGUGAAAUUUUACAUUGGUUGCCCUGUGGUGAAAAUUUCUUGGAUGGAUAGAUUUCCACAUUUUCUUACAUUUGGGGUUACACUUACAAGCUUGGAACACAACUGAAAUGAUGGGGUACUCAUUAGUUAACAUGUGUCUAUUUGUGAGAAUUUGUUGAUGAAUAUUGGAGCUUGUUACAAAAGGGUUUAUUCAUGUCCUGUUGAUUUUAGAUUCGCCAGAAGGAAGCAAAGAAAAUUGAAGAAUGUAUGAUGCGAGAUCCAUUAGUUGACAAGAAACUUGCCAUGAAAGAACGUCUUCCUGAUUUGUGUAGAAUACUUAAGGCGUAUCCUUUAUUGACGUGAACAUUAUGAACAUGAAUAGGCCAAGUGAUGCUUUUUUCCCCGUAAGACAAAGUUUUAACAGUAAACAAACUUAACCAAUAUUUCCUUGACUGUGACCUAGUUAUUUUGUGACUGAGCGCAAAGCAGCUAUCCCAUUGGAAGAUGCAACAGCAAAACUAUCAGAAAGCUACAAGACCUCCUUGUCUCAAGGUAUGCAUUAGACCUUUUUCUUUCAAUAACAUCCUUAAAUAAUCAGUUAGAAACUGAACUUACCAAGUUUUACAGUUAAUUUUAAAAAAGGUGCAUUGCUGUUUAACGUGGGGUUUCUGUGACAUUAAUAGUAUUAUUGCAAGAAACAGAAUGUUGCUUGAGUUAAAUGUAUUCAUGAUGUUUGCUGAACUUAUUGGCAACUUAUCAUUAUUAUUAUUAAAAUUAUUAUUAUUCAAAAUUCCACAAGGGGAUUUCAUUGGUGGCUGCCUUUUAAAUGCUACCCGGGCGUGUGUGAUAAUGGCUUGAGCUCCAGGGUGCAAAGAAAAUCAUUUUUACAGCUUGCCAUUCGGGCAAGCUGAAGCUAGCAUUUACUAGCCCAGACGUCAUUUCAACUAGCCCCAAAAACUUUUUGUUCUUCUGUUAUUCAAACUCCUCAUAAAACAUCACUUGCCCGUCAGGCAAGUUGAAAACAGAAUUCACUAGCCUGAUAGCAAAAUCCACUAGCCCCGGGCUAUCGGACACUACUUUCUUUGCACGCUGAGCUCGUAAAUUAGUUUAGUUGAAUUGAACUGUUUUUUAAUGGAUUUUUUUUUUAAUAUAUAUAUAUUUAAUGGAAUGAAUUUUUCCAAUGGAAAUGAAGUGUCUGUUUUUUUUUUUAAUCGAAAGGAAAAAGUAGCAGGUGUGCACCCAAGCCAGUAGUCCAGCUUUAUUGAAUUGAGGGCGGGUGUGGCAGGGAAAAAUCAGAAACUAAUGUGUAGUAAACUACGUACUAUUGGAAAAUACAACGCGUGCACGCAAAGUGAACAAAACAAAGGAGCACACAGCUAGCAUUGAUGGAUAUAAGUAUAACAUAGUAUUGACUACAGUUACUAACAAUGAAAACUUGUUAUCACCGAAGUUUGUAGAAACAACUGAAGGUCAGUUAUUGAUAUAAUCUAAGAUAAACAAGGAGGUCUUGAACCAGAGCUGAGUCACCCAAUGUUCUUAUGUCCGAUAGCAACAUAUUUGCCAACCAGGGCAAAGUAAAUCAUAAUGAAACAAUGGCUGAAGUACGCUCUAAUUAGUUAACUCUAUUUUACGAGUAAAAUGUCCAUUAACAACUUAAUCGCUUAACUAUGUAGUCCAAGAUAAAAUACACACACAGUUUUUGGCAGUAAAUGGGACUAAAGGUUGUUGGGUGCACCCUGGGGUAAAACAAGGGUGGCGGCAAUACACCCCAUAAAGUGCAUGCAAUAAGGGUGGCCGCGACACACCCAAAACUGAGUAGAGAAAUAGGGUGGCAGCGACACACUCUGAUUAAAAUUAUUAUUACUGUUGUCAGUGUUUUAAUAAUCAUUAAAUUAUUAUUAUUACAUUCUGUAGUUCAAGUGGAGGAACACAUCAGAUUUAUGUCACAGCUUGUUCCAGAGUGGAUAUCAGUUCUUACAGUACGGAAAUGUGCCUAUGUGAAAAUCAACAAGACUGCAGAUGUAAACAACGUGAUUAACAAGCUCAUCACUAAAGAUGUCCAUUAAACGCCCGGGUUAGUUUUUGAAGUUUUAACAGUGAAAGAACUUGAUCUUGUUAAAAUCUAGUGGAACAGCCUUUGAGUUCAUUAUCUUCCAAUAUGGAAAGAGAAACUUGAGCUCUCAAAGUUUGCUCUUUGCAGAAACUGAGACUUUAGGAUUCCUUAGCAGCUGCGCAUGCAGAUUAGACAGUUGUCGAACAAACAUGGAAAAAGUUUGAAAUUGUUCCUAAGAACUUGAUGCUUUAAUCACACUAAAAUGUGUAUGAGUCAUCUAGACUCAAACAAAAAAAUUCAACCAAUCUUCUACUUUUACAAUGCAGUACUUUAUUAACAACUUGAGGAUGUAAAUACUGACAGAAAGGCAGGAUGACAUUGUUCCGUGACUCAACUUGUUUGACAGACAAGAUGGAACUAAUCUCUUUUUAACAGUUAUUUUUUUUGUUUUGUGUGAAAAAUGAAACAGUUUUUAGAUUAUUUUACUAAAAAAAUUAUUAGUGUCAAUACAUAUAUUUUUUUUAAGUUAGAGCUAACUAUGUUGUUAAUAUUCUAAUCUUGUG